UUUAACCUGCACUAACCACUGAAACUCUAUUUGGCUCGCACUCAGCACUUUUGGCAGGAUGUGAGCGACAUCCUAAAGACAGCCCAUCUGCUUACACAACUUAACGCAUCAAACGCAAAAAUCUAAUGACUCAUCCCUCCUCUUACAGUGGGACAGAAAUAGAGGAUAUAAAGUUCAUUUCAUCUCCAGAAAGCCAGGGAGAUUCCUCAUGUGUGAAGUUGGACGUGCCUUUUCAGACAAACUGGAAACUGGAGCACAGGCAGUAGUGUAUAUCUGAGGGUUUUAACCAGCUGUCUGAGAUACACACAACCACUUUUUAAUUUGGAUUAGGUGCAGUGGAGGUGUAGCUCCUGUUCCUGAGGCUAUGUAGUAAAGUCAACACUGUGAGUUCCCUCCUCACCCUCAUGGAUGAAGGUCCAGACCUACAGCGCCACCUUCUCCGUCCGGCCCUGUCCUCGCCCCACCCCCUGCCUCUCAGGCUCUGAGGGCAGCCUGCCUCGAACUUGGGGCUUGCCUGGAGGGGCCAUGGCCCACCUGCACUACAAAUACAGCCUGCUCAGCUCAGCAGCUGAGGAGUACCGCAAGAGGCCGCUGCCAUUGCAGCUGGACUAUGCCCCAUUGGGUGUGUUUGCUGUUCUGGAGGUACAGAGGGAACUGCAGCGCCCCUGGACUCCGAUGUCCUGCCUCCGCCGGCCCAAACUCUACGGCUUCAUCUUCGGCCUCACCGUCAUCUUCCUCAUCAUGGCCUCUUACGUGCUGAGCAGCGAGAGGAAAGGGCUGUUACUCACUCCGUCUCCGUACCACGCCGACUCCUCCCUGAACCUCGGCACCCUCCCCUUCAACUUCUCCUCCAAUAAAGACCGCAGUCACAUCACGCAGGUGCUGCGCCAGAUCCUGUCCAAAGUGGAGUUCAGUCCCAGGAAGGUCCCAGACCUGAGGAUGCUGGUCCACAGUGAACCACACAUGUUCUCUGUGAUUCCGCGCCACUUCCUGCCAGAUGUGAAGAACCCCUGCUGGUACGAGCAGCUGUCGGGGAAUGUCAGUGCUGACCCAUAUCGGAGGAACCUGUACUCUCUCUACUCCAGACAGUCCAGAGCUACGUUUCAGUACCUGCGGAGCUCCUUUAGGAAACACCUGCUCUUCCGGGACGGGAAGUUUUUCCGGAUUCGCUGCCUGCCCUACUUCUAUAUCAUUGGCCAGCCCAAGUGUGGCACCACGGACCUUUAUGACCGACUCCGGCUGCACCCGGACGUCCGAGUCACUGCACUGAAGGAGCCACACUGGUGGACACGCAAGAGAUUUGGUAUAAUCCGCCCUAGCGACGGUCUCCAUGCUCGUUAUCCAGUGGAGGACUACCUGGACCUUUUUGAUCUUCCAGCGCAUCAGAUACAGGACCGUCUGCUCGCCAACAACUCUGGAAGCUCAAAUCAGGCCAACAUCAUUAUCGGUGAGGCCAGUGCGUCCACUAUGUGGGACAACAACGCUUGGGCCUAUUUCUAUGACAAUGCCACUGAGGGGGAGCCUCCAUUCCUGAUCCAGGACUUCAUCCAUGCCCUCCAGCCUGAGGCUCGCUUCAUCGCCAUCCUGAGAGACCCUGUCGAAAGGUUGUACUCGGACUAUCUGUACUUCGGGAUGGCCAACAAGUCUUUAGAGGAUUUCCAUGAGAAGGUGUGGGAGUCUCUGCAGCUGUUUGACGCCUGUCUGCAGGAGUUCAGCAUGAGGGCCUGUGUGUACAACAGCAGCCUCAACAACGCCAUGCCUGUGCGGCUGCAUGUUGGUCUGUAUGUUGUUUAUGUUCUGGACUGGUUGUCGGUGUUCGGUCGUGAUCAGCUCUUGGUUCUGAGGUUGGAGGAUCACGCUGCAGACCGGACGCUCUCCAUGCACAAAGUCUUCCAGUUCUUGAGUUUGAGGUCUCUAUCGGAGCAGAAGGAGGCCGAGAUCACUAAGCGUCCAGCGUCCAACACUCGGAGGCUAGCGGAUAAAAACCUGGGACCGAUGUUGCCACUAACGCGAGAAAUCCUCUCCGAUUUCUACGGCCCUUUUAACAGGAAGCUGGCCAACGUGCUGCAGGACGACUCCUUCCUCUGGGACACUCACUCCAAACCAGCAAGCAGAAGCGGAUAACAGACAAACAAGAACCGAAACAAUCAAUAUUUUCCACAGAACGUAAUCAAAAACGGGUACAAUCACUUUCAGCUUCCAGAGCGCAAACUUCAAUUUUAAUAAAACGCACUUAACCAGAUCAUAACAUUAUUACUUUGUCCCUAAACGUAUACUUAAUGAAGUAACAGUGACUGAUUGCUUUGGUGUUAUUGCUAAUUUGCUAAUCAUGCAAUCACGAAAAUUGUUUUGAAGUAUUAAUCUCAGCAGUAAGUGACCAGCAGAGUGUGGAUACAGAAGUGGAGCUUGAGAUACAAAAGCACCAAAAUCAAAACCAGAGGGUAAAUAUUCAUCAAAAGGCUGCCAAAAUACAGUCAGAAACCCAGUGUAAUGAAGGCUCUUCAGACGUGUUAGAAUUUCCCAUUUUCAAAAAUCAAUUUCAAAAAUUACAAAACCAGAAAAAACAGCCCAAAAUGUUCAACAAACCAUGAAAGCUUAUAAAACCCAGCAAAAGCACCAAAGGAAGUUCAAAGGAAGAAAGUCCAAGAGUUCAAGUACAAGUCCAGACCAUAAAUCUGGAAAAUGUAGAGGGGUCGUUCUCCAUUUGGGGUGGGAAUUCAGGGAAACACAUUUUUGAAAAAUCAAUUUCUUUCAUCCCAAAACUAAAUAAUCUUAAUGUGUCCAUUAACAUCUGAUGGUGACUCCAGUGACUUUCUG